AUGCCGCCCCGCAAACACGCGCGCAGUCAAAAGCAGGUCGAUAGAGACGUCGGCCACUCGACGGCGCGCAUGUGGCCGGCCCUGGCCGCCGCCGCGCGGGCACACGGCAUCGCGACGUCGACGUUGGCGUCCGUCCGCCUCUCGAACCGUCGUCUCGUCUCCCCGCGCUUCGCCGCAGCGUCCGCCUCCGCCGCGCGAUCAAACUCGAACUCGUCGUCGGCGGAUCAGAUCACCGACGAUGAGCUCAAGGGCGCGUCCGUCGCGGUGAGGCUGGCGUCGCACGUGUACAAGGUGGGCGACAUCGAGCCGUGGGUCCGUCGCGAGGGGUUCACGCUGAUGGCGGAAGGGGAGACGAACUGCACGAGGUGGUACGUCUGCGACAAGCGCGCGGGCGAGGCGACCACCCAUCGCUGGGUGAUCGUUCGCGGCGCCGCGUGGAACAACGAGAAGGUGGACCGCGUUCGGCUCUCCACCCAGAUCGGCAAGGCGUGGCCAAGCCCCCUGCACGAGGGGAAAGGCGCGCCCCCCGUGGUGGUCCACACCGGGGUCAAGGAGAUGGCGGACGAGUUCUGGCCGGACGUGUCGCCGUGGAUCACGUCGACGCCCAACGGGGCACAGCUGUGCUUCGCCGGUCACUCGCUCGGCGGGUCGAUGGCGAUGCUGCUGAUGGCGUGGUCCAAGCUGAGGCUCGGGGUGGACCCGCGCGCGAUGGACCCGUGCUGGACCUUCGGCUCCCCGCCCGUGCUGGCGUCCGACGGGUGGGAGAUGCGCAAGCGGCGCGGCGCGGACCUGUCCGAAUCAGUCGCUCGCGCCGCGGCGGAUGGCGGCGACUGGGUCGGCGAGCUCAUGCGCGGGGUUGGGAUGGGAAACGCCACGGGCGGCGUCACCGCGUUCGGGGCGGACGCGGGGGAGGGUCUCGGCGCGUCCACCCCGAGCUCAACGGAUGAGGCUAGGGAUGACGCCCCUAGGGAUGACGCGCUUCGCAUGGCGGGUUUCGAACCGGAUUCCGUUCGCGCGUUUGUCCUCUCCAACGACCCGGUGCCGAGGAUGUGGCUCGCGGCGGACCCGCUCUACGCGGGGGCCGCCGCGAACGAGACGGUGGCGUCGCUGAUGAGCGCCAGGGAGUGGCUCUUCGGCCGGGGUAUGCUGUCCAGGGGACGGUUUCUGUACGACGCCGCCGGUACCUUGUACUGGAUGCGGUGGGCCCCGGAGGCGGGAACCGCGGUGACGGUGCACAGGGGGGACCCCGACGCGCUGUGCGAGGAGCUCUCGAGGGACGGAGCGUCGUUCGAUUGGGGACGGAGCGCGACCGAGGGUGGGUCCGGGGGUGGGUCGGGCGGAGGAACUGGGGAACGGUCGUGGUUCGACGCGGGGUUGAGGAGCGUCGUCGGCGCGAUGGACCACAACGCGCAAAACUACGUGGACAGCAUCCAGUACCUCAACGUCAGGCGGUUCACGGGUAGCAGCAGCAAGGCGCUGUGA